AUGACAAGUGAAAAUAGGUCACAUGUUGAUUUGAGAAAUGGAAUUUUGUACGGGACGCUAAAACAAAUCAGAUUGGGCAAUGAUACCGAUCCUGAAGUACCGAGUCUAAUACUGACUUGGGCUUGCACCAUACACCCAAAGAACUCGAAAUCGCUAAUAGCACUCUUGAAGCAAAACUUCGACGAUGAGCCUAGAAUAAAGCAUCUAAAGAGAUUGACCAAAAUUGGCGAUCACAUAAAAGCAAUUAUCUGUCCCUACGAAAACGAAAGUGACAGAGAUGAAAUAUCGGCUCUAUUAAAAAGUCUCGACUAUGACAACCUCGAAGUUAUUGAGGUCCCACGAAAUCAAGCAAACACAAAAGAGACUACUUUGAAAUGGUCCAAUAUUUGGCCCUUAACUUGGAAGGGUAAUCCCAACCAUCAAUUUUUAAAUUCUGUAAAGUUCGAUAUGGAACAAGAAAGAACGAUAGUGAAUGAACUAUUGAAUCAUAUUGAACGUGCAAACUGCCCCAACGCCCUGGCAACCAUAAUGGCCAAGGAAAUGCAUGGUAAAUUAACAAUACAGAUAGUGACCGUGAACAAAGGCGGUUGCCAUCCACUGGAUCACAGUGUGAUGCGAGCCAUUGACGCAAUAGCACAAAAUGAAGCCAGGCAAAGGAAAGAAGGAAACACUCAAGAAAGAGGGUAUUUAUGUACCAAUACGAUUGUUUACACAACACACGAGCCUUGUGUUAUGUGUAGCAUGGCUUUGGUACAUUCGCGAAUAGUUCGAUGCACCUAUUUGAAGCCAGUUUCGCCUGGUGGCGGUAUGGAGUCAAGUUACUAUCUCGGUGAUUUGGAUGGACUUAACUGGAAAUUUCAAAUAUGGAGGUGGCUUGGCGAGCACGAGUUAUCCAGAUUGGACAGUGUCACUGAUUCCGUACGUUUAGAAUAUUAG